AUGGAACAAUUCAUAAUUGGUAAAAAAUUAUACAAUAAUAAGGUUAACUUUCCCCAACCUCGUUGUUUGCCGGGAGAUGAACAAGGCAUACCUCAACCGUUUAUUGUAGUUGGAGAUGAAGCAUUCGCUUUACAUACUAAUCUUUUACGGCCUUUCCCUGGAAAAAGUCUGAAUGAUAAAAGGCGUAUAUUCAAUUACCGCCUAUCGAGAGCGAGACAAAAUAUCGAAUGUUCAUUCAGUAUACUUUAUAAUAAAUGGAGAGUAUUUCAUUCUACUUUAUUAGUUGAUCCUAAUUUCGGAGUUGCAAUAACAAAAGCGGCCUGUGUUUUGCACAAUUUUGUCAGACGAAGAGAUGGGUACAACACUGAGGAUGCUCAGAUUUGUAACAUGGAAAAUAUAACGCGAAGAAAUGGAGUAGGCAAUUCCACAUCUAAUGCAAAAGAUGUGAGAAAAUAUUUUGUUAAUUAUUUCAACAACCCGGCUUAUGAACUAAGUUGGCAAAACAGGGUGAUAUGA